GUUAUCAAAGAAAAUCACUGACCUAGAUAAGAGAUAUCAAAAAUAAAUUAGAAAGUAUGGAGAGCACUCUUCGAAUGGAAAGUAUUACUUACGAUAUGAUGCAGGCUGCAAUAAAAACGCAAAUCAAUGACCCAACUGUUCGAAUAAACCAAACAAGAGAAGGAAUGGAACACCAUUCAACCCCCAUAGAAUCCACUUUGCAAGACUACGUGUCCAAAUCUUUCCUUACCGCACAACUUGACAACAAAGCUUCAAUAUACCUUGUAGAGGCAAAAACUGAGGCGGCGAAUAAGUUCACAAUGUCUCAGAUAAGGGAAGUUGAGAAUACAUUACAGAAGAUUACAGAUGACUUUUGGUCUAAUUUUGUAGAAAAGUUGGUUAACCAGUUUGAAGAGUUUAAGGAAAUUAAUGAACGAAGAUAUAAGGAAAUGCAGGAGAGAAUAGGGCAGUGUGAGGAUGAACUACAGGGCUUUGUAGAUGAAAGUUUGAGUGAUGGAUCUGAGGAAUUUGGAGAGGAAAAGAAAGAGGAGGCUAAUUUGAAUAAUGAAAUUCAAAAGAAAAUCAGUGAAGAUACCCUUCAUAAAGAGAAAAAUCAAGAAGAAAAUUACUUAGACAAUCAAAACCAACCAAACCAUCAAAAUCAGUUUAUCAUCUCGAAUAAGGCAAACUAUCGAAUCCAGCCAGAUAAUCAAACUAAGCCAAUUCAGUCUCAUGCAAACUCAAAAUCCUCAAGACCUCCCAUCUCACCCGAAUCCAAUAAGAAUAAAAUGAUGAAAAUCGAUUUCAAAUACACUGAAGAAGACUCGAAAGAUCAAAACUUAAUUCAAAACUCUCCUGAAGUAAGAGUAAAAGAGCCCAAACAGAUCUCAAUGUUUGACCAAAGCAAAUUCAAAAAGGAACCCAAAAGUAUUCAAGGAAAGCUUCCUGAACAGGAAGAUAGCAUUAAUGAAGAGACAAAACAUUCUAAGAAACAGCCUAAAGAAGAAAAGCCUACUUUUGAGAUAUCUGGAUCCACUGAAAAUUUGACUCUUAUGAAGAAGCCUCCUCCUGGAAUAAAAGAUCAACUUGAUAUGAAGAAAGAGGCUAAAAAAAAGCCUCAACCAGUUGAGAAUACUGAUAAUGCUGAGAAAAAUGAGGUUUCAGAAAUCAUAAAAUCAAGGACAAUUAGUCCAGAUCCCCGUAAGUCUCAACAGUGCAAUCAAACUCCUGAAAAGACUUUAGUUAACACAUUUCAAACUCCUUAUAAGAAGAAAUCUUCCUCUAUAAACGUUAUACCAGAAGCGUUAGGUAGAGAACAGGAAGGUACUCCAGAGAAAAUACCUGAAAAGGCUCCUUCAGAAGGACCUUCUGAAUCUUCGAUAUCAAAACAAAUGAAUAAGAGUCUCAGGUCAACCAAAAGAAGUGCAGUGGGAGUUGCAAGUUUAAAUAAAUCACUCUCUAAUGCUCUAAGAAAGAUCUCAGAGCUAGAACGGAAGCUGUCAACUACAGAGGGAUUACUAACGUCUCUUAAUGAAAAACUUACUUCUCAAAUUCCAAAGGAUAUUGAUGGUUUCAAACUUGCUAUCGCUAACGACAUGAUUUCUCUCGAAGAUAAGGUUCAAGGAGGUCAUGAGACAAACCUCAAGAAUUUCAAUAAGUUUAAGAACAAAAUUUCACAUAAGAUACAAGAAUUGACACAAAAGAUUGAUAAGAAUCAUGACCUAGUUCUAAAGAGAUUUGCUAAAGAGAAAUAUCCAGAUGCAACUGCCUCAGCUCGAGACCUUGAAAGGAUCAGUAAGCAUAUUAGCAGCAGGAUCACUAUUGGAGAGGGCAAGGAGCAGAUAAAAACAGAACUAGCUCAAAGCCUUUCUAAAGAUAGAUUAGAAUACAAUAUAAAAGGUCUAGGCAAAGAUAUCGAAAAAAUGAGAGAAAUGUUUAAGAAACUUUCAGAACUAACUUCACUAGAAGUCGACCAAGUUAAAGACGACUUCAGUAGUUUCAGAAACCAAGUAAUAUCUGAGAUGAAGCAGGCUUGGAAAGAGGUCGAGAGUCAUGAAAGAGAGCUUCAAAGAAAUCAAGAGCUGUAUAGGUCAAUGCUUAAUGAGUAUUAUUCUAUUUUAGAAGCAAAGAAGGUACGUGGAUUUGAAAGCAUACAUUUUGGAGAAGAGAUAUUAAAAUCUCCAAGUACAGAACAUAUGAGGAAAAGCUCAAUAAAUGUAAAGAACAUUAAAAUGAGAACUUCAAGUAUUUCAAAAUCUACAAAUCCACAAAAGAGAACAAAGAGGACUAAUUUUUCACAUCAUAACAAGUCUGUUUACAAUCCAAAUACUUCAAAAUAACUCCUUGAAAAGCAAUAUUCCUCAUGGAGUUUCAAAUCUUCCUUCAUUACACUCUUCUCUGAAUUUCAGCCCAAGGGUUCGUAAUAAGACAGAAAUGAGGGGAGCAAUGAAAGAAAUAAUCAGCGCGCAAGAGAAACAGUAUCAGCUCCUUAGAAAAUUUGUCAACUAUCCUCAGCACUCUCCUAAGAAAUCUCCCUCAGAGUUUAGGCCUUCAAAGUUGUCAUUAAAUCUAGCUUCCAAUAUUGUGGUUCCUUCCCAAACUCCCAAAUCAGAAGGUGAGAAUAGUCCAAUUGAGAUAAAUAAAAAAAUUUAG